CAGAAAUUUCCCAGUGACCACCAGAAUACUUUUUGUAACUAUCUCAACAACCUGUGUUGCCGUUGUCAGCUCAAAACCAUGGGUUGGAAAGAUCACCUGAAGCGUCUCAAAAAUGAGGUUGAGCAGUUGAUUGCGGAGCCGGGGUCCCAAUCCUCGCAGCAGUCUCAAGCCCCGCCCUCUCAGCAGCAGCAGCAGCAGCAGUAUCAACAGUAUGCGCAGCCGCCCCCUCCCCCGCCGCAGCAGCAGCCGAUGGGUGGACAGCCUGGUCAUGUUUACUGGCAACCCCAGUUCCGACCCGAUGUGCCCGUUACCCAGGACUGGGACGGGAAGAUUGGCAAUGGGACGGAUGGUUGGGGCAACCAGGAGCUGCAGCAUUACACUGCCGAGCAGCAGAAUGUCUUCUACACUCCAGAUGGGAAGCUCGUGCUCCGAGCCCUCGCCAACAGUAGCUGUCCCAACCACGAGCAGAAGUACACGUCGGCCCGUUUGGUGAGCAGACAGACGCUGGCACGUGACCAGGGAGUGUUGACCGCUGUCAUCUUGUCUCCCUGUGCUGAGGGUAUCUGGCCGGCCUUCUGGCUUCUUCCACAGGAGCCGUUUGCAUGGCCUACCGAUGGUGAAGUUGACAUUGCUGAGACCUGGAACGGAGAUUGCGAGAACCACUCGUGCCUUCACUGGGGCCAGCAUCACGAGCCGGACAAACAUCGCGUUCUUGGGACUAAGAUUCCCGAUAUGCAGUACCGACCUGUGAGGUACGACCUAGCGUGGGUGCAGCCAGGUGGGCAACCCGGGCAGGGUAGGAUGAUUUGGUACAUCGACGGAAGACCGGUGAUGAAGGGGGAUAUUCCGGCUGGAACCCGGCCUAUGAGAGACAUGACCAUUUUGCUGAAUGUGGCGAUGGGAGGCAAUGUUUGUGGUGGAAAGACUCCGAGGGAUGGAUAUUACGACAUGGUCGUGCACCAGCUAUUCAUGGCGAGUGAGCCCGAGUACGGGGGUUGGCAGAGGUUCGAGAACGACUGGGCACACACGCAACUGGGCAACACAUACUAGGUCUCUACAACGGCAAUAUUGUCGGAGUAUCUACUUGUAGUUUGAAGAGUUCUUGCCGACAACGCAGGGGGGGCGGGGCAGACGAUGGCGGCGCAGGAGAGGGCAAACUGUGGCCGCAUAGUGGGCAAAGACGCUUGGAUCGAGCAGCAUCUUUGUGUGGCCGACGAUGACAUGCCAGGCACGGGCAACGGAGACCGUAUUGAAUACUGUUCGGAGAGCCUGAUCCAGCCUCAACCGGCGUACACUUGACGUUUACCUAGAAACAUGAAGGCAACCCACAGACACUCUUCCUACCUCGCCAGGUGUGUUUUGUCGAAGCAGUAGUCUCGUUCAAGCUGCGUGUUGCCAACGUACUGUGCGGUGCUGACAGGAUACGCUUCAAUCGAUCGAACUGCUGGGCAAGAAGAUGAGGUCGAGGUCUCUAUGGAAGGGGCGACUAGGCAUACUCGGGUGCUAUUGCGUUCGGUAUGACACCUGUGUUUAAAGAGAAGCAGUUUAAUGAUGCAAGGUUGAAGUCAGUCAUAAGUUGUUAUGGUGGAUCUGCUGCACUACGUCUAGGUACUAGCGGCGUGGCGGU